AAAUCAAACGUCAUAUCAAGGAAGUGAAAGUUAAAGUCAGAGCUGCAGUUCAGGCACGUCUCUGAGUUUCUCUGUAAAGAAAUCUAACCUGAGUUCAUCUGGACUUUCACAGACACUGACUCCAACUCUGUGUGUGAAGAUGUCUGCUGCCAGCAAUCUGGGCUCUGAAGAUCAGUUUCUGUGCUCCAUCUGUCAAGAAGUGUUCACUGAUCCAGUCUCCACACCAUGUGGACACAACUUCUGCAACGAGUGCAUCACUCAGCACUGGAACACCAACAAUAUUUGUGACUGUCCCCUGUGUAAUGAGGUUUUCUUCAAUAAACCUCAGCUGAAGGUUAACAUAUUGCUCUCUGAGAUGGUUUCUCAGUUCAGACGUGAAGCUGAACUCAAAGCCAGCAGCAGCUCAGAGCAACAAGCUGCCAAACCAGGAGAAGUUCCCUGUGACGUCUGCACUGGAACCAAAGUGAAGGCCCUCAAGUCCUGCCUGGAGUGCCUGGUCUCCUACUGUCAGACUCAUCUGGAGCCUCAUCUGACAGUGUCAGUCCUGAAGAAACAUCAGCUGAUGGAGCCUGUGGAGAACCUGGAAGGCAGGAUGUGUCUGAAGCACCAUAAACCUCUGGAGCUGUUCUGUCAGAGAGAGCAGACAUGUGUCUGCAUGAUGUGCUCUGUUUCGGAGCACAAGACUCACAAUGUUGUUCCUCUGAGUGAAGAAUAUGGGGGAAAAAGGAUUCAGCUGAGCAAGACAGAGGCUGAGAUGCAGCAGAUGAUCCAGGAGAGACGAGUGAAGAUCAAGGAGAUCAGAGAGUGUGUGAAGAGGAGUAAAGCUGCUGCAGACAGAGAGAAAGCAGAAGGUGUUGAGGUGUUCACUGCUCUGAAGGAGUGUGUUGAGAGUGGCCUGAAGCAGCUGAUGGAGAGGAUGAAGAAGGAAGAGGAAGCCAGAGAGAAACGGGCUGAAGGUCUCAUCAGAGAUCUGGAAGAGGAGAUCUGUGAGCUGAUGAAGAGGAGCUCAGAGGUGGAGCAGCUCUUCCUCUCUGAAGACCACCUCCACCUCCUCCAAGGCUUCGCCUCCCUGAAAGCUGCUCCACCCACCAAGGACUGGACACAGGUCAGCGUCCGUCCAUCAUAUGAGGAGACUGUGGUGAGAGCUGUGGCUCAGCUGGAGGAGACUCUCAGCAAAGAGAUGAAGAAGCCGUUUGAGGCUGAUCUGAAGAAGAAGCAGCAGUUUGCAGUGGAUGUGACUCUUGAUCCUGAUACAGCUCAUCCUGAUCUCAUCCUGUCUGAUGAUGGAAAAGAAGUGAGGGAUGGUGAUGUGAGGAAGAAGCUUCCAGACAACCCAAAGAGAUUUUCUGAUUGUGUGAAUGUUUUAGGAAAACAGAGUUUCUCUUCAGGUAAAUUUUACUUUGAGGUUCAGGUUAAAGGAAAGACUGCCUGGGAUUUAGGAGUGAGCAAAGAGUCCAUCAUCCGAAAAGGAAGAAUCACACUGAGGCCUGAUAAAGGGUUCUGGGUGAUAAAGUUGAGAAAUGGAAAUGAGUAUUCAGCUCGUGAAUACUCUGCACUGCAUCUGUCUCUUAAGUGUGUUCCUGAGAAGGUGGGGGUGUUUGUGGAUUAUGAGGAGGGUCUGGUCUCUUUUUAUGAUGUAGCUGCUGCAGCUCUGAUCUACUCCUUCACUGGCUGCUGCUUCACUGACAAACUCCUCCCAUUCUUCAGUCCCUGUUUUAAUGAUGGUGGUAAAAAUUCUGCUCGUCUGAUCAUCUGUCCUGUCAAUCAAACUGUCUGAUGAGGAAGAUUCACCAACAAUUAAUGAGUUUGUUGGAAAGUAAAAGACUGACUCUGAUUUAUUUGAUCAAAUGUUCAGUCUGCACUAAACUCAGAUUCUUCUCUUCAAUCUUUGAUUAUUGGACCAUUGUUUUAACGAAUCCAGACCAAUCAGUCAUGAUGUGACACAGUGGACGAAGUUGUACAUUUUCUCAAUGGUCCUUGAAAGGUUGAUAAAUGGCCAAUUGGAAAUUUUUCUCUAAACAAACAAUAUUCUCUCUUCAUGUCAAUCUGGUUUCAGGAAAUGGCUCAAUAUUAUAACAGCCUCUCUAAAAGUCACUGAUCUAAUUGACUCACUGGAUCAUUAAAAAAAAAAAAAAAAAACUCCAGACAGACCUGUUUGUUGAUCUCUGCAAGGCCUGUGCUUCUAUGGACCAUUCCA